GCCGCGCGGUGACUCUGCCCCGGCGCCCGUCAGCCCAGCGGCCCCGGCUCUCGCCCGGAGGGACCCGCGGGCGGGAGGGAGGAGGAGCGCGGGGCUGGCGCGCGGCCACCCCCCUGGCGUUCACCUCCCCUGGCCCGGCCGGCGCGGGAGACCCGCUCCGAGCAGCCCCCGGCCGCGGGACUCCCGGGUCUCCGCGCGCGCGUGUCCCUGUGGCGGGUUCUCGGCAGGGAGCGGGACUCGUGAUGGUUCUCCUGCCCCUGCUGUUCGUAGCAGCCUCGCUGGGAGAGCUGAGGACUGCGGCGGCUGAACCAGCUGGUAAAGAAGAAACGAUCCAAAUAGAUUUACCAAAAAUCAGACCGAGGCUGUAUGGGCUCGUGACUCCGAUCAGCACCAGUGCGGAUGGAAGCUUUAUCUCCAAUAUUCUUUCCGCAAACCAUCAAAGAAGAUUAACAAGGGAUGUAUCCCAAAGCCCCAAACAACUGUAUUUUAACAUCACAGCUUUUGGAAGGGAAUUCCAUCUCAGGCUGAGGCCUAACACCCAUCUGGUGGCUCCAGAGGCUGUAGUGGAAUGGUAUGAAGACUUUGUGGAAAGUGGAAAUGGAACUGAGGCUGGUAACAAAAGUCAGACUAGAAGCGCAACAGAGCAGAUAUGGAAAAAAGAGCCUCUGUGGACCAAUUGUGCAUAUGUUGGAGACAUCACUGAUAUCCCGGGAGCAUCUGUUGCUAUUAGCAACUGCGAUGGUCUGGCUGGAAUGAUAAGAACUGAUAAAGAUGAAUAUUUCAUUGAACCUUUGGAAAGAGGCAAACAAAUGGAAGAAGAGAGAGGAAGAAUUCACGUGGUCUACAGGAGAUCAGCUGUAACACAAGAUCCCGGCGACAUGCUCCUAGACUUCCAUACGGAAGCGUCUCUUCUCAGCGGACUGGAUGGUCUGGAUUCCAUGUACAGCAACAUAGAGCAGCAGCUAAAUGAAACGCUGAGACGACGCAGGCACGCGGGAGACAAUGACUACAACAUUGAAGUGCUUCUAGGAGUGGAUGAUUCUGUAGUCCGAUUCCACGGCAAAGAACAUGUUCAAAACUACCUCCUCACCCUUAUGAACAUAGUGAACGAAAUUUACCAUGAUGAAUCCCUUGGUGUCCACAUAAAUGUUGUGCUGGUGCGAAUGAUAAUGCUGGGAUAUGCAAAGUCCGUCAGCUUGAUUGAAAGGGGAAACCCCUCAAGAAGCUUGGAGAAUGUUUGCCGCUGGGCCUACCAGCAACAGAAGUCGGAUCCCAAUCAUUCUGAGCACCAUGAUCAUGCCAUUUUUUUAACCAGGCAAGAUUUUGGGCCUGCUGGUAUGCAAGGAUACGCUCCCGUCACUGGCAUGUGUCACCCUGUACGAAGCUGCACUCUCAACCAUGAGGAUGGGUUUUCUUCAGCUUUUGUAGUUGCCCAUGAAACUGGUCAUGUGCUGGGAAUGGAACAUGACGGGCAAGGGAACAGAUGUGGGGAUGAGACAGCUAUGGGGAGUGUCAUGGCUCCUUUGGUGCAGGCUGCAUUUCAUCGUUACCACUGGUCCCGGUGCAGUGGCCAAGAACUCAAAAGAUACAUACACUCCUAUGACUGUCUCCUUGAUGACCCCUUUGAACACGAUUGGCCCAAACUUCCUGAACUGCCAGGAAUCAAUUAUUCCAUGGAUGAACAAUGUCGCUUUGAUUUUGGUGUUGGUUACAAAAUGUGCACAGCGUUUCGAACCUUUGACCCAUGUAAGCAGCUGUGGUGUAGCCAUCCAGAUAAUCCAUACUUCUGUAAAACUAAGAAAGGGCCUCCACUCGAUGGCACAGAAUGUGCCCCAGGGAAAUGGUGCUAUAAAGGUCACUGUAUGUGGAAGAAUGCUAACCAGCUGAAACAGGACGGCAACUGGGGAUCCUGGACAAAGUUUGGCUCCUGCUCACGGACCUGUGGUACUGGCGUUCGCUUCAGAACACGCCAGUGCAACAAUCCAAUGCCAGUCAAUGGUGGUCAAGAUUGCGCCAGUGUCAAUUUUGAGUAUCAGCUUUGCAGUACAGACGAAUGUCCAAAGCACUUUGAGGACUUCCGAGCACAGCAGUGUCAGCAGCGUAAUUCCCAUUUCGAAUAUCAGAAGAGCAAACACCACUGGCUGCCGUAUGAGCACCCUGAUGCCAACAAAAGAUGCCACUUAUACUGCCAGUCCAAAGAAAUUGGAGACAUUGCUUAUAUGAAACAACUGGCACAUGACGGGACUCGCUGUUCUUAUAAAGAUCCAUACAGCAUUUGUGUGCGUGGAGAGUGCGUGAAAGUGGGCUGUGACAAGGAAAUUGGUUCCAACAAAGUUGAAGAUAAAUGUGGGGUCUGCGGUGGAGAUAACUCUCAUUGCCGAACGGUCAAAGGGACCUUUGCCCGAACUCCCAAAAAGCCCGGGUACCUUAAGAUGUUUGAUAUUCCCCCGGGUGCUAGACAUGUGUUUAUCCAAGAAGACGAGGCUUCUCCUCACAUUCUUGCCAUUAAGAACCAGGCUACUGGACACUAUAUUCUGAACGGGAAAGGGGAGGAGGCCAAGUCACGAUCCUUCAUUGAUCUUGGUGUGGAGUGGGAAUACAACAUAGAAGAUGACAUAGAAACUCUUCAUACUGAUGGGCCUUUGCAUGAUGCUGUUGUUGUAUUGGUCAUUCCUCAAGAGAACGACACAAGAUCUAGCCUGACUUACAAAUACAUCAUUCAUGAGGAUUCAGUACCCACGAUCAACAGUAACAAUGUUCUUCAGGAUGAAAUAGAUACUUUUGAGUGGGCUUUGAAGAGCUGGUCCCAGUGCUCCAAACCUUGUGCUGGAGGUUUCCAGUACACGAAAUAUGGGUGCCGCAGGAAAAGUGAUAACAAAAUGGUUCACCGCAGCUUCUGUGAAGCCAGCAAAAAACCAAAGCCUAUUCGUAGAAUGUGCAAUCUGCAGGAAUGCACACAGCCACUUUGGAUAGCAGAUGAAUGGGAAUACUGCACAAAAACCUGUGGGAGUUCUGGUUACCAGAUCCGUACUGUGCGCUGCAUUCAACCUCUUCACGACGGUGCAAACCGCUCUGUCCAUAUCAAGUACUGUAGUGGGGAUCGCCCUGAGAGCCGCAGGCCCUGUAACCGAACGCCGUGCCCUGCGCAGUGGAAAGCUGGACCCUGGGCUGAGUGUUCUGUGACCUGUGGGGAAGGAACUGAGUCCAGGCAGGUCACAUGCCGUGCCGGUGACCAGUGUGAUGGAGAAAAACCUGAGUCAGUGAGGGUUUGUAAGCUUGCUCCCUGUAAUGAUGAGCCCUGCCUGGGAGACAAGUCAAUAUUCUGUCAAAUGGAAGUGCUCGCACGCUAUUGCUCCAUCCCUGGCUAUAACAAGCUGUGCUGUGAGGCUUGUAGCAAGCGCAGCAGCACCCUCCCGCCACCUUACCUUACUGAAGCUGCUGAAACCAAAGAGGAAGUGAUGUUCCAUCCUAGUGACCUACCUAGGGCCUUGGUGAUGCCGACAUCUUUAGUACCUCAGCACGCAGAGGUCGCUGAUGAGAACAGAAGUUCUGUAGGCAGGAUGCCUAUGGAAGAGGACAUAGAUAUACUUGUUUCUACAUCAAAUAAUCACAUGUGGAGGGGGGGAAACACCACCACCAGAAGAGGUACCAAAAGUUUACACUUUUACAAAAUAUUUUUGCAGUGGAACAACAGAAUCCAUAAGACUUAUAUUGCUAAUUUAUCUAUAUAAACAAAUAUUGUAUGAGCAAAUUUUCAGCUGUUGUGUAUAUACUGUAUAUUGCAGAAAAUCAGUAUUAUUUUUAAGAGUUUUGUGCUGUCAAACAAUUGUUUACCUAUGUUACAUUUCUGGACAUUUACUAGGUGCCUGCCAUUGAGUACUGCCUUCCUUACAUUCCGGGAGUUGAUUUUCAAAGCAGCAUUUUAAUAAAAAGAGGAGCUCCAUUUUAAUAUAGAUUACAGCUACUGACCUUAGGAAGAUCGUUAUUUUUAAUAUCAACAAUGUGAUGCUUUUUUGGGGGGGAGGGGGGAGAGACUGCCAUCUUACCGGUCCAAACCUACUCAUCACUACCAAUUAAAAAAUCUGUUCAGCAGCAUAACAAUUUUAAUCACAGGUAGAAGAAACUGACAAAAUGUGCCAGUGAAAUCAAUGCUAACACCCUCUACUUAGCAGGCAUUGCUUAGGUCUGGAACUAGCAGUGCCUUCUCUGAAUUCUCCUUUUGCCUAAGAGGGACAGACUAGUGUAGUAAGUGAGAAAAGUAACUGUGUAUAUGUUAUAAGUACUGUAUUGUUCACAAGACAAAUGUGAGUUGUGUUUUCUGGAUGAGCUGUUUGCUUCUGAAGCUGAAAGCAUCACAGAGCUAGAGUAGGCACUAAUAAGAAGUAGCUGUGGCAAGAUUUAAAAUGGAUGUUUUUCCUAAUUAAAGCAGUGAUUUAAAGGCAAGAGAGAGUUAUUUUUCAGCAUGGUUCACCUUGAAAUCUCAACAACCACAAUGCAUCUGACUGCAAUAAUUGCUAGUAAUUUAUGUCAAUAACCAUCUUUCUCAGUUCAUCCAGUCAUGCUCUCUCCUGCGUGUUGCUGUAAAGAACUUGUAUAUAGGAUUGAGAACUAAAGAUAUUUAUUAAAAGUUGAAUUCUUGAUAGUAUUUUAUGUAUGAAAUAUUUACACUAAUAGCCAAGAUAAAAUAGAGAGAUGUAAUUAGAUACAUGUACAUGCUAUAUCAUAUGCAUAGAACAGAAAUUGAAGCUAACUAAACUACUGUAGAUGAAUUGUUGGUCUAAUUUCUUUUUUUUAAAAAUCUUAAGAAAAGCCAUUGUCAAUUACAAACAUCUUUAGGUUUUUAAAUAGUUUACUAAAGUUUGAUGUGCAAUUUUUGUCCUGUUUAAUAAAACAGUGAAUGUGUAGCACUAAAAACACAAUGAAAUAUAUUAGGACUCCAUGGAUCACAUUUUGGAAACAGACUAAGAAAUGUGUGUAGUAAUUUUCCAGGAUUGCUGAGAUGACAUUAGAAUGCAAAUCUCUUUCAGGAGACCCUAAUGUCAACUAGAAUGUAGGUAAAUUAACCCUCAAAAGCGAAUAGGAUCAUGUUUGUCUUGCAUUAUGAUGUUUGUAAUAUAAUCCACUGAAGUAUUGACUUGAUGCCUCUAAAGAAUUGCUGCUACUUUUAUGCAAGGCUUUUGAAGGUCUAAAGAAAUUAGAUUAUAUAGAUUGUGUACAGACAAUCCCUGAGCCUCAAACAGACCAAUAGGAUAUGGGUUUGCUUCCCUAGAAUUCCCCAGAAGUCAAAUUCUCUCUCUCUCUCUUUCACAUAUCUACAAUACAGAUGUAGAUACUCCUUGUACCUUUUUGCUUUUUCUACCAAGCUAAUUUCUCUUUCAUUAAAGUGUACACUACUGAUCCUGUUUGUUGUAUUGGGGAGCACCUAGCAAUAAAAACUUUAA